AUGCCUGCAUGUGUGUCUUUUUCUCUGUUCUCGAUUUUUGCCUCUUUCUCUUUUCCUCUUCCUUUUUAUAUAUUUCAUUGUAUUACUCUUUUACUCUCUCCGCUCACACGUAUUCUUUCUUUCUUUCUUUCUUUCUUUCUUUCUUUCUUUCUUUAUUUAUUUAUUUAUUUAUUUAUUUAUUUAUUUAUUUCUCUCUAUCUUUCUUCCUUAUCACUGUUUCAAAUUCCUUCUCCUUUCUCGUUUUUUUCUUUAACUUUCUUUCCUUCUUCUUUUAAAUCUUACAUCGUAUUAAUAUAUUUUUCUUCGCUUCUCUCUCUCUCUCUGCUUCUUUCUUUCUUUCUUUCUUUCUUUCUUUCUUUCUUUCUUUCUCCAUGCCUGCCUAUACGUCUUUUACUCUCUUCACGAUUUGUCCCCCUUUCUCUUUUCCCCUUCUUUUUAUAUAUUUCAUUGUAUUACUCUUUUACUCUCUGA